AGUUGGUCUCAUAUAUACUCUCUCUAUAUGUUUGUGUGGUGCAACAAAUAAAAGUUAGAAAGAGAAAAAACCAAAGUUUUAUGUGAGAGAAAUAUAUUCACAAAAAUUCUUCCCAAAUUUUUCUUACAAAAUCAACCUACAAAAAUCUCACUUUUCAUAAAUAUAUUUAUAGGAUAAAGUUUUAGAGUUCAUUAAGUUAAUUUCUUCCUUUUUUUCCUUUGUUUUGUGUUUUUUUUUUUUUUUUUUUGUUGUUGUAAUAAUGAGAAUAAGGAAACGAUUUCCACCUCCUCCUUUAGAUCCCAAAGUUAAUAACCAAGUUUUGGUGCAACUAAACAUCAACAACGAUUCUUUACCGUCUGAUCUUCCAAAUCAAAGUCAUCCACAGCCGUCUGAUCAACCGGUGACCGUCACCGGAGGUAAACCAUCCACCAGCUGGGUUGUUUUUGGUGGCAACAGUGAUAAUCAAGACAAACUUGACAAGAAAAAGGAUGUUGAAGCUGAAGAAGAUGAAAAAUUAUGGAGAGAGAAAAAAGAGAGCUUUGGUAGUACUAGUAAUGACAAUGAUAACAAGAAAGAAAGCUUUUUGACUAAUACUCCACAACUUGGUUCUUUGCUUCCUCAAUCAUCAUCUUCUUCUGAUCUAGGAUACGACAACAUAUUUGGAGAGUCCAGCAACAUAGACAAAAUCAAGAGAUCAAGAGAAAGCUACCACAACAACAACAACAACACAAGCAGCAUUAACACGAUGAAAUCGAAGACAAACAAGACAUGUCCACCAGAAAAUGGCAACGAGGAGAAGCAAGAACAAGAUCAUUAUCGACGAAUUGAUAAUGUUAACAGUGAUCAUAAAGUUGGUCAAGUAAACAAGAAGAGCAAAAGAGGAAGUGUUAUAUUGGAAGGAUCAAGGUGUAGUCGUGUUAAUGGGAGAGGAUGGAGAUGUUGUCAACAAACCUUUGUGGGAUAUUCAUUGUGUGAGCAUCAUUUGGGUAAAGGAAAACUUAGAAGCAUGAACAGUACGUUUCAGAACUCGAUGAAUAAUAAGAAGAAAAAAGAAGAAGAAAAAGAGGAGAAAUCAUUGCCAAAUGAUCAUGAAUAUUAUGGUGUUGACGACGACGAUGAUGAUGACAAGAAGAAUUCAUUUACGAAGAAGAAGAAGAUGAAGAAACUUGGAAUGGUGAAAGCAAGAUCUCUGAGUAGCUUGCUAGGUCAAACUGACAAUGCAGUUGCAACGAUGGUGGUAGUUGAUAAUGAUAAUAAGAAAGAGUAGCAAAUGAAGAUAAUCGGGUAUUAUUUCAUGUACACACUUAUUAUAUAACUAGAGUUCGUGUCAGAUCCUUCAAAAUGUUUUGCGAUUUUGUUAAGAGCUCCACUAUUAGUGCAUGUGAUCGACGGUACAUUAUUGAAGGAUUCGAGUAAAAUAGCUCAGAAGAGUUGGAAGUAUUUUGGUAUGUCUUUUGUUCAAUAUUUAGCGAAGAAAGUUUGCUCAUAGCCUCAUAUAAUAUGUCUCUUUAACUGCAUGAAUUUUGCCCAUUUGCUUUUAUUCAUUUUUUAAAAUUCUCUUACUCUUUUGGAGCUAUAUAUUCUUGGGUUAGUUU